AUGAGACCUCUAGUGCUUAUGGGCCAUGAACGUCCUUUAACUCAAGUUAAAUAUAAUAAAGAAGGUGACCUGUUAUUCACAUGCUCCAAGGAUAGUUCUGCUUCUGUUUGGUAUACUGUCAAUGGUGAAAGAUUGGGAACUUUAGAUGGCCAUGCAGGUACCAUUUGGUCUAUUGAUGUUGAUCCAUUUUCUAUAUAUUGUAUCACCGGUAGUGCAGAUUAUAGUAUUAAAGUCUGGGACGUUAGCAAUGGUCAAAACAUUUUUACUUAUCAAUCUCCUGUCCCAGUCAAACAUGUGGAAUUUUCUCCAUGUGGUAACUACUUCCUUGCCAUCUUGGAUAGUGUUAUGGGUUACCCAGGUUCUAUCUCUAUCUAUAAAGUUGAAAGAGAUUCCGAAACUCACAAAAUUAUCAAAUUUAAUGAAGAACCAAUUAAAAUUAUAAAUACGCAAGAAGGUCACGCCACAGUCACUGUUGCAGGCUGGUCUACCAAUGGUAAAUUUAUUAUUGGUGGACACAAGGAUGGUGAAGUGAGCAAAUAUGAUGUCGAUAAUGAUUAUAAAUUUGUUGAAGCUAUCAAGUUACACGAAUCUAACAUUAGUGAUUUACAAUUCUCCUUAGAUAGAACAUAUUUUAUCACUUCUUCAAGAGACUCUAAAGCCCAUAUAGUGGAUGUUGCCUCUUUCAAAAUCUUAAAGACUUAUGAAAGUGACUGUCCUUUAAAUACCGCUGCUAUCACUCCAUUAAAGGAAUUUGUGGUUCUUGGUGGUGGUCAAAGUGCCAAAGAUGUCACAACUACUAGUGCCAGUGAAGGUAAAUUUGAAGCUAGAUUUUAUCAUAAGAUUUUUGAAGAAGAAAUUGGGAGAGUUAAAGGUCAUUUCGGUCCAUUGAACUGUAUUGCUGUAUCUCCAACUGGUACUUCAUACACCUCUGGUGGGGAAGAUGGGCUUGUUCGUUUACACCAUUUUGAGAGGUCCUAUUUCGAUUUCAAAUAUGAUGUUGAAAAGGCUUUUGAAGCCAAAGAACAUAUGCAAGAAGCCAACUAA